AUACGAUUAUGACGAUUUUCGUUUCCAAGAUGAACCGAGAAUGAACUCCAGAUACUGAAUAUUCAAUUUAAUGGAUCUUCACGAAAGAGCUCUACGGAAAGAAAUAGGCGAAGUAGUUGAAAGGGAAAGCAAAUUGCUGUAUAAAAAUACCACUUGUAAAUUUCUUUGCGAGAAAACACAUCUGAAGAAAGUAACCGAUCAUCUUGACAAAUGGCAGAAUGUUGCUGAGAGAGAUAUUGAACGACAGGAGCAAAACGUACGAAAAAAGCUAGAUUAUUAUGAAAAGGAAAAGGACAAGUAUAAAAUACAUGUAUCUGAAUACGAGGAGGAUGACACAGAUUCGAGAGGACAUUGCAGCGGGUUGAGUGGAGGACUCACACAUCAAAAAAGUUUCCACGCUCGCCCAAAAUCAGGAGAGCGGAUAACAGGUCCACGAUCCGGUCGUCGUGCCACGAUUGAGCUCAGCAGCCCAAGGAGUUUAUUUGAACUUAAAAGAGCAUCCUCUACAGCAUUAGCACUUGACAAGGAACCUUCCAUGACCAAUCUAGAAAAAAAAAAAAUGCAAGAAAAGCUUAACACAGAGAAAGUAUCCGAUAAAUGCAGCAAUUUCUUGAAGGCGGACGAUUUGAGAGCUGGCCGACAAAGAAGGAAAUCAUUACCUGCAAACGUUUCCGGUGUUCCCUUACUUUUGGUAACGGACGAGACUGGUGUUUCAGAUAUGGCACUCACACAUGAAACACACGUCGAGAAAAGUGCACACGAGAAAAGUGUAAUUGCGAAACACAAUGCUUCAGGCAAAGCAAAACAUGUUCCGGCGGCUGAGGAAGAGGCUAGUUUUUAUACAAUGGCUAUGUCAUCUGCAAGUAAUCGGGACGAAUUUCAUGCCGUCACCGACACAAAAUCGCGCAGACGGGGUUCUCAGCCAUCAACUAUACCUACCGGUGGCAAGCAUUUUAUUGAUUUGGCAAGAUUAAAAGAGGUGGAGGAAUUACUUUAUGAGACGAGUCAAUUUCGUAGAAAACAAAAAAGCGCCACACCUGAUAGUCAUACUGCACGUGUUCAAAUGCGUCGCCUUGAUAGGCUGAAAGAAAUUCUCGAUUCAUUGAAGAAGAAACCAGAGGCGCCUACAUUCAAACCAAUGGAAAUGUUAAACUGUAGCUACCUCCGCCUUUCAAAAUCAAACGUGGAGGAGUUAGAAGAUAUGGUUCGUAAGGCAGGCAUGGAUCCCGGAAUACAUGUCCAUAGUGAUUUAACAGGCUACGAUCUAUUUGCUGAUCUGAAAAGAGAGGCUGAAGCAGAACAAAGAUUGCAUACUCAAGACGGCCCUCCAAGACUGACUCCUACACCCUCCCCUACACCCAGUAGAAGACACUCCGUUAAAUCUGGUUCCUCGCUACACCAUUAAACAUAUGAAAGAAAUGAUGUUAUUAAAGAGAUGUCAGCGUUCUACAGGACUAACAUACAUCACAUUGAAGCUUUGGAAAAAUGAUUUAAAAAAAAACAAAAAAAAAAAACAUAUGCAGCUAUUAAUUGAUUUUUUAUAUCGCAGGAUAGACAAUCAGUAUAGAGGGUAAACUGGUAUUCGAUCUGUCUACGAUGGGUAUGGGUGGAUGAUUUACAUAAGACAAUUACGUUCUAUUAUAUACAAUAAACAUGCAAUGCUUGCUAGUUCUAUAAAUAAAAUUGCUUUAUUAAUCAGAGCUAAGUGCGCAUAG